UCCUGCCUGUGUCUCCCUGAGCUGCCAGAGUGCCGGCUGCUCCCGCCGGGCCCCGGGAUGGAAACCUUUUGCAGCUAUGACGGCACCGAGCGCUUUUGGGAUGCAAAUCUUACCUGGUACACAGAAAACCCAGAUUUCACCAAGUGCUUCCAAAACACGGUCCUGGUAUGGAUCCCGUGCAUCUACCUCUGGCUGUGUUUACCCUUCUAUGCUUUAUACCUCCAACGCAACGACCAGGGUUACAUACAAAUGUCACCUCUCAGCAAGGCCAAAACCGCUUUGGGCUUCUUCUUAUGGCUCGUCUGCUGGGCAGAUCUCUUCUACUCUUUCUGGGAAAGGAGUCAAAGUAUUUAUCGAGCUCCUGUUUUUGUUGUGAGCCCCACGGUUCUCGGUAUAACGAUGCUGCUAGCCACCUUUUUAGUCCAGUACGAGCGGAUCAAAGGAGUGCAGUCUUCGGGUCUGAUGUUGAAUUUUUGGAUUAUAGCUGUGCUAUGUGCCACGAUAAUCUUUAGGUCCAAAGUUAUAAACGCCUUAAAACCGGAUGUCAGAAUAGAUGUAUUUAGGGACGCCACAUUCUAUACAUACUUUGCACUGAUCUUGGUAGAGCUGAUAUUGGCUGCCUUUCCAGACCGACCUCCUCUCUUCUCCGAAAGAGUCAAUGAUCCGAAUCCGUGUCCAGAAGCGAGUUCGUCCUUUCUUUCUAAAAUCACAUUCUGGUGGAUUAGUAGCUUGAUGGUUCAAGGAUAUAAACGACCUUUAGAAGCAAAAGAUUUAUGGUCAUUGAACAAAGAAGACACAUCCAUUGAAGUUGUUCCUGUAUUGGCUAAAAAUUGGGAAAAGGAAUACCUAAAGGCAAAAAAGCAACCUUUGAAACUGGUGUAUUCUCCAAAGAAGCCAGAGAAGCAAACUCACUCAACUGAUGAUGUGCACGAGGAAGCCGAGGCUCUGAUCAUGAAGCCACAGCCGAAGGAAGUCGAACCAUCCCUCUUCAAAGCUUUAUACAAAACGUUUGGCCCAUACUUCUUCAUGAGUUUCUUUUUCAAAUUUAUUCAUGAUGUCCUUAUGUUUUCUGGACCUGAAAUCUUAAAGUUGCUUAUAAAGUUUGUUGGAGAUAAGAAUGCACCGAACUGGCAGGGGUACUUGUACACGGCUCUGUUGUUUUUCUGCGCCUGUCUGCAAACACUCAUCUUGCACAAGUACUUUCACAUUUGCUUUGUGACUGGAAUGAGACUGAAAUCCGCGGUCACCGGACUGGUUUACCGUAAGGCUCUAGUGAUAAGUAACUCUGCGAGGCGUACCUCCACCAUUGGGGAAAUUGUUAAUCUUAUGUCCGUUGAUGCACAGCGGUUUAUGGAUUUGGCCACAUACAUAAACAUGAUUUGGUCUGCUCCACUUCAGGUCAUUCUGGCUCUUUACCUGUUGUGGCAGAACCUGGGUCCAUCCGUAUUGGCAGGCGUUGCUGUUAUGAUUCUUCUGGUCCCUGUGAAUGCAGUUAUAGCGAUGAAAACUAAAAAGUACCAGGUGGUCCAAAUGAAAUGCAAGGAUAACCGAAUCAAGCUAAUGAAUGAAAUAUUAAACGGUAUCAAAGUGUUGAAGCUUUACGCCUGGGAAUUGGCCUUUAAGGAGAAAGUAUUGGGAAUCCGACAGGAGGAGCUGAAAGUGCUGAAGAAAUCGGCUUACCUCUCUGCCGUGGGCACCUUCACCUGGGUCUGCGCUCCUUUCCUAGUUGCUUUGUCGACGUUUGCGGUUUAUGUUCUGAUCGAUAAGAGCAAUGUCCUGGAUGCGGAAAAGGCUUUUGUUUCGUUGGCCUUGUUUAAUAUUCUCAGGUUCCCGUUAAACAUGUUGCCGAUGGUUAUCAGCAGCAUGGUGCAGGCAAGUGUAUCUUUAAAGCGUCUGAGAGUAUUCUUAUCUCAUGAAGAACUUGAGCCUGAAAGCAUCGUUCGAGAGCCUCUGAAAAAUUCUGGAGCCAGUAUUGACAUGAAGAAUGCUACAUUCUCGUGGUCUAGGAAUGACCCUCCCUCACUAAAAGAAAUUAACGUUGCUAUCCCAGAUGGCUCCUUGGUUGCAGUUGUUGGCCAAGUUGGCUGUGGAAAAUCUUCCCUCCUGUCUGCUCUGCUGGGAGAAAUGGAGAAGAAAGAUGGCUACGUAACUUUAAAGGGGUCUGUGGCUUAUGUUCCCCAACAAGCCUGGAUACAGAAUGCAUCGCUAAAGGAUAAUGUCCUGUUUGGACAAGAGAGCAAUGAGUCAAUGUACAAGAAAGUAAUAGAAGCGUGCGCGCUUCUUCCUGACUUAGACAUUCUGCCCUCUGGAGACAGGACAGAAAUCGGAGAAAAGGGCGUGAAUCUAUCUGGAGGUCAGAAGCAGAGGGUAAGCCUUGCCCGUGCAGUUUAUUGUAACAGUGAUGUCUACUUGCUCGAUGACCCCUUGUCUGCUGUGGAUGCUCAUGUUGGAAAACACAUCUUUGAUCAUGUUAUUGGACCUAAGGGGAUUCUUAAGGAUAAAACUCGAAUUCUUGUAACCCAUGGUGUGAGUUAUCUGCCACAAAUGGACUCCAUUAUAGUGAUGGUUGAAGGGAAAAUUACUGAAGUCGGGUCCUAUCAAGAACUUUUGAAACAAGAUGGAGCAUUUGCAGAGUUCCUCCGUACAUACGCCAACGCCGAACAAAACACGGAGGAAGACAGUACAGAGGUUGAAGAAGAGGAAGAAACUCCAAGUCCAUCUGAAGAGAAGCAUCUGGAAAAUGGCAUCCUAUUUAGGGAGAGGAAUGAGAAACUCCUCCAGAGACAACUCAGCACUUCUUCAGAAACAAGCAAGAGUAUUCAUCAAAACAGCACGGCGGAUUUGAAGAAGCCAGGAGCUGAGAAAGAAGACUGGAAGCUGACGGAAGCAGACAAAGCAAAAACCGGAAGCGUCAAGUUUACAGUGUUCUGGGAAUACAUGAAGGCUAUUGGACUCAUCCUCUCUUUCAUUAGUAUCAUCCUGUUUUUGUGCAACCACAUGUCCUCAUUGGCCUCCAAUUACUGGCUCAGUCUGUGGACCGAUGACAAGGUCAUUAAUGGAACCCAACAAAACACAAAAAUGAGACUCUCUGUUUACGGCGCACUGGGAAUGUCACAAGGUAUUGCUGUUUUCGGAUAUUCCACCACCGUGUCUUUAGGAGGGAUUCUUGCAUCCCGGUAUCUCCACAUGGACCUGCUACAUAAUGUCCUCCGCUUUCCCAUGAGCUUUUUUGAGCGGACUCCCAGUGGGAACCUGGUGAAUCGAUUCUCAAAGGAGAUAGACACCAUUGAUUCUAUGAUUCCUCAGAUUAUUAAGAUGUUCAUGGGAUCCUUAUUCAAUGUUAUCGGAGCUUGCGUAGUAAUUCUCAUCGCAACGCCUAUUGUAGCUGUCAUUAUCCCACCACUGGGCUUAAUUUACUUCUUUGUACAGAGGUUUUAUGUGGCUACGUCGCGGCAGCUGAAACGACUGGAGUCCGUGAGCCGUUCCCCUGUAUAUUCCCAUUUCAAUGAGACUCUUCUAGGAGCCAGCGUUAUCCGUGCAUUCGGGGAACAGAAACAAUUCAUAACGAUCAGUGACUCGCGAGUGGAUGAGAAUCAAAGAGCUUACUACCCCAGCAUUGUCUCAAACAGGUGGUUGGCCAUUAGACUGGAGUUUGUCGGGAACUGCAUAGUGCUCUUCGCCUCCUUAUUCGCUGUGAUCUCCAGGUAUACGCUGAGCCCUGGAUUGGUUGGCCUCUCCAUCUCCUAUGCUCUGCAGGUCACUACGUACCUCAACUGGCUGGUCCGGAUGUCUUCAGAACUGGAAACCAAUAUUGUUGCAGUGGAGAGAGUAAAGGAGUAUUCUGACCUGGAGCAAGAAGCUCCUUGGACCAUUCAGCAGGCAGCGCCUGAAAACAGCUGGCCUAAAGAAGGAAAAAUAGAGUUUAGAAACUUCUGCUUGCGUUACCGCGAAGAUCUGGACCUUGCACUCAAAAACAUCAAUGCUACUAUACACGGAGGAGAGAAGGUCGGAAUUGUCGGCAGAACUGGAGCCGGCAAAUCAUCUCUCACACUUGGAUUGUUUCGCAUUAAUGAAUCGGCUGGAGGAGAGAUUGUAAUAGAUGGAUAUAACAUUGCCGAUAUUGGGCUUCAUGACCUCCGUUUUAAGAUUACAAUUAUCCCGCAGGAUCCGGUUUUGUUUUCUGGUUCCCUGCGGAUGAAUCUUGACCCCUUUGAGAAGUACACCGAUGAAGAGAUCUGGUCUGCAUUAGAACUCGCCCACCUAAAGAACUUUGUCUCUGGUCUCCCUGACAAGCUCAAUCACGAGUGUGCAGAAGGAGGAGAAAACCUCAGCAUUGGCCAGAGGCAGCUGGUGUGCUUGGCUCGAGCGCUGCUUCGCAAGACAAAAAUCCUUGUGUUGGAUGAAGCCACGGCGGCCGUAGACUUGGAGACCGACGGUCUCAUCCAGUCAACCAUCAGAAAAGAAUUUGAAGACUGCACAGUUAUAACAAUCGCUCACCGCCUAAACACCAUCAUGGAUUACACUAGGGUGAUUGUCCUGGAUAAAGGUCAGAUUGUAGAAUUUGAUUCUCCAAACAGCCUCCUUCAGAAGAAAGGCAUUUUCUAUAACAUGGCAAAAGAUUCUGGCUUAGUUUGAGAUUCCAGCUGCUGUUAUUUCAAGGAAUGCACUUUCCCAAGAAGACAUCUUGCUGGACAGCCGCUUUGCCGGACCGCGUUCAUGAUCAAACUACACUUCACUACCAGAUCCAGAUACGCAGAACCAUUUUCUUUCUUGUAGGUUUGAUAUUUUGCUGACUUGACAUUAGGCUGCCGAGAUUGGCAGUCACCUAAAAAACAUAUGACUUGUUGCUGUUGCAUAAAGUUCUAAUUUAUGCUUGUAUGUUGAUUUCGAAUGUACGUUGCUAUAUGGUGGCAUUUAAAGAUGGAACCAAAUCAGGGGUUCUAGUUGGUUUUUAUCAGCCAUGACCAGAGCCGGAUGAUUGUCCGCAGUUUAUGUGAUGCAUCUACUUGUAUAUUGUCAGGUUAUUUAAAUAAGCUAAAGGCUGAAUUGCUAGAACA